UGCGUGAAAACUUGGAGCGCAACUUUCCGUUACCUGCGCAGGUGGAGAGAGGUGUCACCUUGUUCGAAAUUAUUUUGUACUUUUUUAUUCCUUUAACCAUCAGAAAUCGAAGCGUCCUGCUCGGUUCUGAAGGGAGUCCCGUUCUGGACGCUCGAGCCGCUUCCCGUCCGCGCUCUUCCUCCUCAGCUUCUAUCAGUCCUCAAAGAAAAGACAGAAAACAAAAAUCUCUGUAUUUUUUUGUUUCUGAUCCAUUUAAAACAUUUUCUCACAGUCCUGGCUGCUUUGGAGAAUUUACCCCCCAUCUAGGAGAGUUUUGGACGCAGUUUAUUAAUGCAGACGCGCGUUUAUUGGACUUUAAAUCAGGGCGAACUUAUUCUGCGUUUAUUUUGAGCUCGUUUCAUUUCAAGCUGCAGACCCGAGUCACAGAACCUGACACACGAUUGAUCUGGUGACCUGUUUGGUGCCAGAAGCAGAACUAAAAGCGCAAAAACAAGAAAGAAAUUGGAUUUAUUUAGGCAAAUUUACUGCGUAAAAAGUUGUAUUCUGUUUUUUUAUUCUUGAAAUAAUCUGUUUGUGUUUGUAUUCCCGUUUAACGCUUAAACGAGACGCACGCGGAUGUGUGUGUUUGAUACUUUAACCCGCAUCCCUUUUUCUUUUCCUCCUUUUUAAUGAACCCGUCCCGUUUUCCCUGCCGCGUCCUGCGCAGCUCCGCUCUAACGCUCCCGUGUCUUUCUGUGUUUCCCGUCAGAUAUCAAGCUGAAAUCAAGGAAUCGAGUCCUCCAUGCGAGCUGCCAUCUGAUCCCCCCUCUCUCCAACACACACGCACCCACACACACACACACACACACACACAAACACACACUUAUCAAUGAGGCAGGAGAUCAUGGCGGAUGGCCCCAGGUGUAAGCGGCGAAAACAAGCCAAUCCGAGGCGGAAAAACGCAGCUCUGAACUAUGAGAACAUGGUGGAGACCGGCUCGGAGACUGAGGAGGAGGACAAGCUGCCCGUGUCCGAGGAAGACCCGCUGAUCAACGGGACGGGCAGUCCGGCCAGCCUCACCAACCCGGAGGCGUCGCCGUGCGCCGAGAGCCACGGCCUGCUGACGAAGGACGAGGAGGACGACGAGAUGCGGGACAGCGGCGUCGAGCACAUCUGGCCCGACAACGACAUCCUGAGCGCCUCGGUCGAUGGUACGGAUGAAAUGAAAGAUGAUUUCGAUGCCCUGGGGCCUGAUGCCACUCUGCAGGCAGUUGGAAACGGUACAGUCAAGAGCGUGGAUUGCACUUCAGAGCUGGAGGACUUCUUCGCCAAGCGGAAGCUGGACGACGGCGACAGCCACGUGGUGAGCAUUGCAGAGUACCUGCAGCGCGGCGACACCGCCAUCAUUUACCCAGAAGCCCCAGAGGAGCUGAGCCGCCUGGGCACGCCGGAGGCCACGGGACCCGAGGAGAACGACCUGCCACCUGGAACGCCAGAUGCCUUCGCCCAACUGUUGACCUGCCCCUACUGCGACCGGGGCUACAAGCGUUUGACAUCGCUGAAGGAGCACAUCAAGUACCGCCAUGAGAAGAACGAGGAGAACUUCGCCUGCCCUCUGUGCAACUACACCUUUGCUUACCGCACUCAGCUGGAGCGACACAUGGCCACGCACAAGCCAGCCAGGGAUCAGCACCAACUGCUUAACCAAGCGGCCGGCAACCGCAAGUUCAAGUGCACCGAGUGCGGAAAGGCCUUCAAGUACAAGCACCAUCUGAAGGAGCACCUCCGGAUUCACAGUGGUGAAAAACCCUACGAGUGCCCCAACUGUAAGAAGCGUUUCUCUCACUCAGGCUCCUACAGCUCCCACAUAAGUAGCAAGAAGUGCAUCGGCCUGAUUGCAGUCAACGGCCGCAUGCGAGGCAGCCUGAAGCCUGGCUCCUCCCCCACCUCUGCCUCAGCGUCACCCACCAACACUGCCAUCACCCAGCUACGCCAAAAGCUCGAGAAUGGCAAGCCCCUCAGCCUCGCUGACCACAACAGCCACCUGAACAUCAAAACAGAGCCGCUGGACUUCAACGACUAUAAGUUGAUGAUGGCCUCUCAUGGAUUUGGAGCUCCUGUUCCAUUUAUGAACGGAGUGAUGGGAGGGACCAGCCCACUGGGGGUGAACCACAACUCAACAGCUCAGAGCCCCUUGCAGCAUCUUGGAAUGACUGGGCUUGAAUCACAGUUUGCAGGCUACCCAGGUCCACUGGGGAACAACCUGAGUGAGGUACAGAAGGUGCUCCAGAUCGUGGACAACACUGUGUACAGGCAGAAAAUGGACUGCAAGCCAGAGGAGCUCUCCAAGCUCAAAGCCUACAUGAAGGAGCUGGGAAACCAGAUGGAGGAGCAGAAACAGGGGUUGACAUCGCCAGGUGGGCAUCAGGUCGGUCUUCCACUCGUCAAUCACAACGGCGCCACCAAAAGCAUCAUCGACUAUACGCUAGAAAAAGUGAACGAAGCCAAAGCCUGCCUCCAGAGCUUGACAACAGACUCAAAGAGACAGAUUAGCAAUAUCAAACGAGAAAAACCCAACCACAUGCUCGAAGGAGGUGUGGAUGAGAAGGUGCCGGAAAACAACAUGUUUACACCUUAUGCUUGUCAGUAUUGCAAAGAAACCUUCCCCGGGCCAAUACCUUUGCAUCAACACGAACGCUACCUGUGCAAAAUGAACGAGGAGAUCAAAGCUGUGCUGCAGCCCAGUGAGAAUCUGAUGCCCAACAAUCCAGGGAUAUUCAUGGAGAAGAACUCCCACUCCUCCAUGCUGUCUGAGAAGGGACUCACAGGCCCACUUAACCCUUACAGAAACUACAUGCCUGUGCUGAUGGCGUACUUUGCCAUGAACAUGGAGCCCAACUCGGAGGAGCUUCUUAAGAUUUCCAUAGCGGUCGGCCUCCCUCAGGAAUUUGUUAAGGAGUGGUUUGAGCGGAAGAUGCAGGAGUAUGGAACUACUAGAACCCCACCACUAGAGCACAGGGGCCACACAGACAUGAUCGUUGGGACAAAUAACCACCAAACUCCACCAAAAGACUCUUUAGCAGCUAGGUCACCUGUGUCUCUCAUGAAACCCACUGACUGCAUCACGUCCCCUUCCAUCGCGGAGCUCAACAACAACGUCAACAACUGUGACAACCCUCUCAGACAUUUGAAAAACCACCAGUUCAGUGGCAGUGCCAAACCUGUUGGUGAAAAGUUGGACCACUCCCGCAGCAACACCCCCUCGCCGCUUAACCUGUCCUCCACUUCUUCCAAAAACUCCCACAGCAGCUCCUACACUCCAAACAGCUUAACUUCAGAAGACCUGCAGGCUGAACCACUCGACCUCUCGCUGCCGAGACUCAUGAAGGAACCCAAGCACGCACUGACUGUCAAAAGCAGACCGAAAGUCAACAGCAUCACCAUCGACCACAGCAGCAUCCCCUCCCCCAGAGAGCACUUCGAAGAGCCUUUGAACUUGGCCUAUCUCAAGAAGGAAUUCUCAGGCUCGACCAACAAUGGGAACCUUGAAAAAAGCACUAGCCCCAUCUUUGGCAUUAACCCGUUUGCUGCCAAACCCUUGUACACGUCACUUCCUCCCCAGACCGCAUUUCCCCCCGCCACAUUUAUGCCCCCUAUGCAGGCCAGCAUACCAGGUCUUAGGCCCUACCCGGGCAUGGAUCAAAUGGGCUUCCUACCGCACAUGGCCUACACUUACGCAGCAGGGGCAGCCACCUUUGCCGAGAUGCAGCAGAGGAGAAAGUACCAGCGGAAACCAGGUUUCCAGGGGGACCUGCUCGACGGCACUCCAGACUACUUGUCAGGGCUGGACGACAUGACAGACCCCGACUCCUGUCUGUCGCGGAAGAAGAUUAAGAAGACUGAAAGUGGCAAGAGGCCGCACCAGUGCCAGAUCUGCAAGAAGGCCUUCAAACACAAACACCAUCUCAUCGAGCACUCCAGGUUGCACUCGGGGGAAAAACCGUACCAGUGCGACAAGUGCGGGAAGAGGUUCUCUCAUUCGGGCUCCUACUCGCAGCACAUGAACCACCGCUACUCCUACUGCAAGAGGGAGGCCGAGGAGCGGGAGGCGGCCGAGAGGGAGGCCCGCGAGAAGGGCCACCUGGAGCCCACCGAGCUGCUCAUGAGCAGGGCGUACUUGCAGGGCAUGACUCCUCAGGGUUACCCGGAGCUGGCCGAGCGCGAGGCCAUAUUGAGGCACGACACCGUGAACGGAGGGAUCAGAGAGGGACGCAAGGAGGUGGACGGAACGUAUGCAAAGAUUGGACGGAGGGAAGAGUUUGAGGAGGAGGAGGAGGAGGAGAGCAAGAGCAUGGACACGGACCCGGACACGUUGAGGGAUGAGGAAGAGAACGGAGAGCACUCGAUGGACGACAGCUCACUGGACGGCAAAAUGGAAACCAAAUCGGAUCACGAGGACGUGAUGGAGGACGGCAUGUAAUCAGCGCAGGGGAGGGGACACUUAAAAGAAAAGAAAACAGAAAAAACAGGCUUCCCACCAUCUGAAAAGUUUUGAGUUUGUCUCUUUCGGUUCGGUAUUCUCACCCGCUGGGUUUAAAAUGCCGUGUUUUAAGCUGCACGUGCCUGAAGCUUCCGGGAAGCUUUCUCUGACAGACUCCUCACAGGGGGAAGGGAGGAGGAGCAGGAGGAGGACAGUGUCUGCCAAACAAGACUCAAAGAUCAAUCUGAAGGAGGCGUCUAGAUGGAAGGAGUGGGUUUGUGAAAGCUGCAUUAUGCAAACCGAAUAAAUGAAUACAUUUCAAAAAAUGUACAGUACUAAGGCCUAAAACUCAAGUGUGGUGCUAACCUCCUCAGAUCAACCCCCCCGUGUUCCAUAGUAUUUAUAGCACAACUAGUGACUUGUACAAAUUGCACUCCGCUUCUAUAAUCAUGAACAAAAAUAAUAAAAGUAUUGCCUAUGUAUAUAUUUAUACAGUGUUGGAAAAGAGCAGUAUGCCCUGCACUACAGUCGUGGGUAUUUUACGUUCACUAUUUCCUUUGGUGUCGUUUUUCUGUUCCAAACAUCUCCAGCCACACUGUUUUAGGCCUCUUGAAUCAAAUGAAGGAAUUUAAACUGUGUUGACCUUUUUUUUUUGUUUGUUUCUUUUCAAAGAAGUUUUAAAGAGACCUUCGUUUUAAGGGAAAAAUACGAUUUAUGGACCGAAUUUGGGGUCAAAAUCGAUGAAGGACGAAGCCUUUGUAAGGUGUUUUUUGAUAAGAAAAAAGAAGCCUUAUAUGCAAACCUUUUAACCUGUGUGUUUUCUGCAAGUGCCACCCUCGUAUUGUGUAAAAGGACUUUAUUUUUCACCAGCUUCAGUAUUAUGAAAUGGUUCACCGUUGUUCUUUGAAGCACCCGUGUCAGUAUUAAGACGUAUAGGCAGCAGCUCCUUAGUUUACAUUAUGUUGUGCAAUGUUUCCUCAGUUCUCUUGUCAGUAUUACACCAAACCGUUUUCUGAAAACAGCAAAUUGCAUUCAUUUAUUUGUAGGUUGGAAGAAACCUUAUUUAUGUGGCCCAUUUUAUAUUUCCUAAUUUUAUUUAUUUCAUACUGUUGUGUACAGUACUAUAGUUCUUCAAUAUAUAGAUAUAUUUUAGUAAAAAGGAACAUGGUGUCGAUCAUAGGGGCAAAUUUUACGUAAAGAGAGCAUUUAUUGUGUUUUGAAACAUUGUGAAAGUUUAAUCUUAUUUUAUUUUCCUUUAUUUUCCAGUUGCUGGGAUUAAAAAAAAAUCCAAAUUUGGGAACUUUUAUACAAUUGUGAAAACACUGUAUUUUCGACUGAAAAAAAAUUCCACUUUCUUCAUCUUUGUUUCUUUUUUUAAGCUAAAAAAUGAAGAGGGACUGUUAAAUACUAUGUAUGAUAUCAUGACUGAAGAAGAAAUCUUUCCUGAAAUGUCUUUGUAAAAGUAUUAUUGAAUUCUUAAUUUGUAAUUUCUCUUGAAAAUGACCCUGCUCGAAUAAAAAGUAGCCAAAUUACAGAGUAA